AUGGCAAAACUCACAGAUGAUGCCGACUAUGAUGCCGGCGAAAUAUUUGAGAAUGUACCAAGUCCACUGUCUAAUGCUGGGAAUCAUGACAACUACUAUGGCAGACGACUUCGGACUAGGUGCCUUCCACUAAGUCCCCCUGACAACAAGAUCAAUAUCCCAGAGCAGAUUCGGCCCUACUUCACCAAUGAUCCCCAUGUACGCAUGCGCGCCUGCCAUGAAGUUGGAAAGGUAUAG